AAGAUUUGUUCUCUCAUGAGCUCUCAUGGUACGACUUCACAGCUACAUAGCAUCCUGCGUACGCUGCAUAACCGCUACACGCGAACUAAGGGAAGGGCGGCAGUAUCGGUGAUAGCAGCCGUCGGCGUAUUGGUCCUGUAUCGACGUUUGCAAAAAUCUAAUGACGAGGCCACAAGUGGUGAUGGUUUUUCUCGAAAGCAAAAAAAGAAGGAACACGGCGUCGACGGCAGAUUUCUGAUAAGGCUGGCGAAGCUCCUCCCUGUCCUCGUGCCUGGCCUGCGUAGUAGAGAAGCCUUGACUCUAGCUCUCCAGACCUGUGCGCUGAUCUCGCGGAGUGUAUUAUCAAUACACAUAGCUGAGAUUACUGGUAAAGGCUUGGAAGCGGUCGCGAGAAGGGAUGGAAAACUGUUCCUAAGCUCUAUUGCGGAUUUUGUGGUGACGGGUGUGACGGCCUCAGUGGUGAACUCUGGUCUCAAGUUCAUGACUAAUAUACUCGGAGCAUGGUUCGUGGAAAAUCUAACACACCAUAUUCACAAGACUUAUCUCAAUAAGAAGAACUACUAUUUCGUGUCGGCGCACCCAGCAUUAGCAGAUGCUGGUUCACACACGGUAGAUGGGGAGGCCGCGCCCGAGCGUGGUACCGCUCUAGAUAACGUAGACCAUAGGCUCGUGGUGGAUGUGGAUAACUUCGCCAAACAAUUGGCUGAUUUGUAUUCUAGGACCUUCAAGCCAGCGCUAGAUGUCGUGUUAUGCACGGCUCGCUUGGGGACUAGCCUUAAAGGGUAUAGUGGUCCUAUCUUAUUAUAUACAUAUUUUUUAGGAAUAUCAGCCGCUAUUAGGGCGACUUCGCCGCCUAUGUCGAAGCUCGUCGCUCAUCAGCAGACCUUAGACGGUAACUAUAGGCGAGCUCAAGCCCGGCUAGUUUCCCAUCAUGAGGAAAUAGCCUUUUUGAACGGUGGUGCAGCUGAGGAACGGCUGUUGAACGACAGGUUGGCUUCGGCGAGUGGUUGGAAAGAGAAGCUCGCUGCUAUACAAUUCCGUCAGGGUUGUAUCGAUCAAUUUGGUCUUAAGUAUUUCGCCUCAGUGGUGGGAUGGCCUGUAAUAGCUCUACCAUUCAUCACUGAAGGGGCUCCGAAAGAUGGGAAGGAUCAGCUUAGACGACUUACCCAGUAUAGAGUCGCUGACAAUCUGAUCCAGACUUCAAGUGCAUCACUAUGUGACCUCAUACUUACAUAUAAGAAAGUCCAAACCCUAGCUGGGUACACGGCUAGGGUGUCGGAGUUAAUUGAAGCAUUGAACCGAUCAGACGAGCAGCACACAAGGCGGAUGCGAAUGCCCUCUCCAGAGAAGACACAUGAGGAGUCUCAGGAAGAUGCUAUGCCUGACGCCGCCAUUUUAGCGGCCAAUGAUCUCACCAUCACCACGCCAGAUAAAUGCCGUAUACUCCUCGAUGGUUUCAACUUUGUGGCUAAGCCAGGAGACCGCGUCCUUAUAACUGGGCCUAAUGGUGCUGGGAAGACCUCCCUAUUCCGUGUCCUAGCGGGUCUAUGGCCAGCAUCGGCCGGAGGUAUUAGGAUUAAUAAGACCUUGAGCUCCGGGGCCCUACAAGAGGGAGAGUUAGGCGAUAUCCGCAUCAUGUACCUACCCCAAAGCCCAUACCUUGUAUUGGGUACCCUGAGAGACCAAGUCAUGUACCCUACCAUCACUGAUGUACAUCCUGAUGAUUCCUUCGUCAUCGAAUGCCUUGAGAGAGUCGGACUGGGUCGGUUGCUGUCUACAUACUCUCUUGACACAGAAGUGUGGGAGUGGGCUGACGUUCUAUCAGGUGGAGAAAGGCAACGAAUAGGCUGGGCACGUCUACUCUAUCAUCGUCCCUCGGUAGUAGUCCUUGACGAGGCUACAUCGGCAAUAGCAGUUGAUGAUGAAGCCCCUCUCUAUGAGCUCCUCAUUGGGAUGAACCCAGGCAUGACCAUCUUUUCCAUAGCUCACCGGCCUAGUCUCAGGCGGCUGCAUACCUGUGAAUUGCACAUUGAUGGAGACGGUUACGGUCAUUGGACUCUGAAGAGAUUAGAUGAGGCGACGAUCAGCCAUGAUGAGUCAGUUAACGUUGAAAUGAACGAUUCUGUGGAAACUGUAGAUCGCACCACUCGAAGUCCGAUUGGGCUCUUCGGAGCUGAACCCUCUUCUCCCUAGUGACGGCAGCAUGCUUCGUAUGAGCAUUUCACAUAAUAGUCU